GAUCUGAUAGGAUGAGACGUUACAGGAGGAAUGGAUGGAAGAAAGUGUGUGUCCCAUCCACAAAAAAGAUGACAAGCUGGAUUGAAGUAUCUAUCGCACAAUCACGUUGCUAAGCACUGCCUACAAGGUACUCUCCCAGCCUCUAUGCCGCUGCCGAUUACCUAUCGCAAAGGAAUUCGUGGGGAUAAAAAAGAGGCAUUUGUGGGGGUUGAGUACACCCCUGGAACAAUAUACCGUAUUGCUCUAUUUCCAGCCCUGAGUCAUGCAUCUCGUAAGUCGCAACAUCACUCUUCCACGAAUGCUACGGAUGGAUAACGAAUCAACACGAGCCAUGAGUGAUCGUGUUGGCUUCGUCAGCGUCGUCUAGAUUCACCAGGUUCGUAUCGCCGUACUCCAGUCAGUCUUCAGUGAUCGAUCGCAUAGGUAAGUCCGUAAUGCAAUUCUGGGCGAUUCUCCUACGUGCCAAUAUAGGUUUCCACAGCAUUCACGGGGGACCGCGCCACCACGGACCAGAUCUUUGCUCUGCGGCAAGUACUACAGAAACGCCGCGAGUAAGGGCCCGAGGAAUACAGCCCUAUGUGCCAGUUCGUGAUAUCCUCGCUCAGCAAAACUUGCCAUACAUGCUUCAUAUUUAUAGCUAUUUGAAGAGCAUCAAGGUGCCCAUUUAACAGCGAAACGAAUCUCGGAUAAAAAAAACAUGUUAGUUUAAGUAUUAGCUCGUAGUCGGCAGCGAGGAUAAAAAAUUUGCCUUUAGCUCAUAAGAUAUAUUAGACCAUAGGGCAUUAGAUUUAAUUGGCUCCGUAAAACAUUAAUUUGUAUUGUGCCGUGUCAAAUAAAUGUUGUGUGAACAAAAAUAAAAAAAAGGCGAGUACAACGUAACCACGCACAAACUAUUCAUCGAUUCCAGAGCGACAAUCGAACGAGAUCAGUUAUGGUAAAUUAUGCACGAACACGGGUUCCCGAACCAAAUUACGCGAUUGGUCAGAGCGACGAUAUACAGAGUGAUGUGUACAGUGCGAGUUUCGGGGACGCCCUCGAGUCCUUUCGAUCUCGAAGAGGGUUGCGGCAGGGUGAUGGGCUUUCAUGUCUGCUUUUUAACAUUGCCAUGGAAACUGUUGUUAGAAGAGAGGGGAUAGACACGAGUGGUACGAUCUUCAGAAAGUCCGGCCAGUUACUUGGGUUCGCCGACAACAUUGACAUUAUGGCACGCAAUUUUGAGACGUUGACGGAAAUGUACAGCAGACUAAAGGCAGAGGCCAACCGAUUGAAUACGUCGAAGACGAAGAAGGGAAACUCUGUUAGCCUCCCACCACGGGUUCUAAUCGACGGUGACGAAGUCGAGAUGACAGAUGAGUUUGUGUAUUUGGGCUCACUAGAGGACUGCCGGUCUAAUAAGUGUUUUGUGGAUGGUCAACUUUGUGGAACGUGUCAUUGUCGGCGGUACAACCAUGCAACAUGGACCUUGCUCGUGAAGGACCAGUGUGCCCUUGGGUUCUUCGAACGGAAGGUGCUGUGUAUGAUCGCAACGUGCACGGUGAAUCGACCAAAUGGAAGAAAAUCUCCGCAGCCUACGCAAUCUGCAUGAGUGGCGACGAGUAUAGCCAUGGGUCGAGUACAAUGGCGUUGGCUGUUAGAUACGGCACAGGCCUCACAGGCCUUUGUUGAUAAGUAAGUAAGAUUCAUGCGAAGUGAAACACCGGACAGAACUAAAGCCACAGACAAACAGACGUGUCACUCGAAGACGAUUUCAUCGACCAGAAAAAUAACGAUUAUUUUGAAAUUUUGCACAGUGGGCAGUAAUGCCGCUAGUGUCGCUAUAAGCAAGCGGGUAUAUUCAUUAUCAAAGACAAAAAACGUCAGUAAUGCCGCUGGUGUUGAUUUAAGCUAGCGCGCACACCCAUUAGCGAAGACAAACACCAUUUCACAAAAAUAAUUUAGUAGGCAGUAAGCUCACAUGGUGGCGCAUAAGUGUAACGUUUCAAAUAAGGACGAAGAUUUUUCAGGAUUUUUUCCGAAAAAAGCUGAUGCAUUCGUUUAGAUGCACCUUAAGUAAACGUAGUAAAAGCUUAAAUUUCCUGAGUCAAUUAAUUGGCUAAUAGUUUGUAGCUCCUCACUUAUUCUUAAUAACUUCAAAUACUAUUCUGGGCAUUGAAUUGACAAGGUUAUGGAGAUUAAUUACAGAGAUUUAUUGCCAGCAUGUGCGUGAGCAUGAUUUAAGGUCGUUUACUGUGUUGAACUGGCAUCCAUUGGCGUAAACUCUUGCAGCCAAUAUGCCCCAGAGGUUCUCGAUCGGGUUGCAAUACGAAUUACAUGUUGACCAAUCAAGUACGGUCAUGUCUUUUUCAGAAAACCAGGCCUUGGUUUGUCGGGAAACAUGAAUAGAAGCGUUGUCUUGCUGAAAUACAAAAGGUUUUUCCAUAUGAUCUCCUAGUAUGGAACCAAAACGUCUUCCAGAUGCUCGCAGUAGUUGCUGGAAUUCAUUUUGGUGGUGAUCCAGCAGAUAGGAAUCUCUUCGUCAUAAGAAAAUCCUCCCCAUGCCAUAACCGUUCCUCCACCAAAAUUUCGCUUGGAUCGAGUGAUAUUAAAAUCCACCAAAUUGUGCCAGUAUUGACUGUAAUAGGCCAUUUCUCAUCAGAAAAAACAUGGCCCUGACUCUUUCGCUUUUUUAAUUCUAUCAAGUGCACUCUUUCUAAAGAAAUGAAGCUGUUUGUUUUAGUUCAUGAUAACAAAUAAAAAUAAGUGAUGACAUUCAUAAUCCAAAUAGUUUUGAAAGAAAAAUCUAUGAAAAACAUGGUGCAUCUAAACGAACGCAUGUCAAUGUAUUACAUAACGCAGGAUUUGGCAAUUUUUAAUCGACCAACCCUACCCUCCACAUUCCAAUGUAACGAAGUUUGGCAUGAUAAAGCCAAACGAAGGUACCAUGAUGUCAGCACUAGCAAUACUCAGAGGGAUAGAUAUGCGAAGAGAGUGUUGUGAGCCAAACGAACAUGUCAAAAUUCGAGAGAAACGAACAAGAAAGGUAACACAAUGAAAGGUAUUGCAAUA